AUGAGGGAAGGCGAGAUAUCUGGCGGUCUUCAUACGAAUCUGGCAGGUGUUCCGGGUGCAGUGAUCAGUACCAGCAGUGCUGAGUCUGCAACUCAUGAUGUAGUGAGGACUGCGAACUGGAGAUCCGGAGAAGCUGAGAUGCCUUCGGAUGAAUCAGUCAACCCUUCACUCCAUGAUGGAUUGUACUACUGCCAAUACGAGGGAUGUCAAAGGUUGCAGGGCUUUACUCUUAAAUGCCAGUUGAAAAAGCAUACCAAGAUUCAUACUCUACCUUUCAAAUGUCCCCGUUGCGCAUACGCAUCAGCGGAAAAAAAGGGCGUUGAUCGGCACAUCAAGGUUGCUCACAAGAAAUUGGCCAGGGAACGCUGGGGAUGCUUGGAACCAACCGUUUGCGCUGUAUGUCAGGAAAAGUUCACGAGAGAAGACAACUUUCAGAAACACUUUAAGGCAAGACAUGUCAGUUAG